AUGACCUGGAUGUCUGGAGAGAAUCAGGUUUCUGCAGCAUCAGUAAUCAGAGUUGCAGUUGAGCAUAGAAGUCCUUGGGAAUUAGCCAAAGAUAUUGAUAUUGAUAUUCUUUCACAAAAUAAAUUGAAAGACAAAGCAGGAGAGGCUUGUUCUCAGUUUCAAAACACUAGCAAAGCCAGUGGCUCAGAACAAGAGAUGUCUAAGGAAGAGGUUGCACAUCAUGAGACCAGUCAGCCAUGGCCUGCCAUGAGUGUUGAACCUAUUUCAGAAAAGUGUAGCAAAAAUCCUGAGACUCUGUCAGGCAAAGUGCGCAAGCCCUCCUUUCAGAGAAUGGGGCCAAAGGUGAAAUUGCCACAUUCCCUCUUUCAAAAGGCAAGCAUGGCUGAGGCUGAAUCCUCAGAUUUUGUUGAAAUGUUUGAAGAAUCUGAUGCUACUACUUUGACUUCUCAACCUCUCUGCCAAGCAGAAAUAGAAGAUUACAGUAUACCUUCAGGUCUACUGAUAAAAGAGGAUGAGGCACCACAAAGUGAGCCACAGGUGGCAUCUAUCCCAGUGAAAAAGAAAGUACCAACAUUUGGAAAAGUACCUAUCAAAUCAAAAAAGACUCUUGUAGGCUCAGGUGCUCAGAUGAUAAAAACAAGUCGAAUUAACAGUAAUUGCCAUAACCCAAGAAAUGCAAAAUUAACUGCUGGAUUUAAUCCAAAAACACAAAAGCAUUCUCUGACAAAAGGCUCCUUUACCCAACCUAUACAUAAUUUCCAAGGCAUAAAAGAAAAGGAUACAAGUAAAACCUGCACUAAACAUGAAGAAAUGUUAUCAAAAUUCAAAUGUACUGAUGAAGGAGGGAAUCAGCAGUGCAUGAAGAAGCCUGUAUUAUGUGAAACAAAUCUGCAUGAGAAAAAUGUAAAUGCUAAAGAGGAUGACUUGAUGAAGGAUGAUGAUACCCAAACUGACACAAGAACAGUAGUGAAUGCAUCAGGAAGAAUAGAUGCUGCCAAGGAAGAAAUAUUUCAAGCAAAAGUACAAGCAUUUGAUAAAGAACUCAUAGAUGACUCAAACACAGUAGCAUCAAGAGCUUCCCAGUUCACAGUUGGCAUCCACACACCUGUGCAACUAAAUAAAGGUUCAGAGACAGAACAAAAUGAGAACAGAGAAAUUAAUAACAUCAACAAAUUGGUGGAGGAAAACCCAGGUUAUAGUUUCUCUGUUCCUCACACUAAGGAUGAGAAGAAAUCUGAUGGCAGAGUGUCUGUGAAAGAUGGAAAUCCAAGCAAAAUGACAGAAGAACAAUGGGAGAAUCUGUUUCGUGGUGUAAUAAAUUUGACAGAUGAGCACACAUUAGACUCUGCAUUAAAAGUCGAUUGUCAUCAGGAUCAGCAGGAUUUGGAAACAGACAACAGAUGUAAAGUAAAAAAGAGGAAAAGACAGGAGAGAAACAUUGGAAAAUGCAAGAAAUUCAUGGCAGAAGCAAAACAUGGAGACACUGUACAUGAAUCUGAAAAGGACUGUGAUGCCCUACAGUCAAAGGAUGUUGAAAUUAAAACUAGAAUUUUUGAACCACUGCUGGAGAAUACUUUAAAUGAUAUAUCCAAGCCUUCAGGUAAAAAAUCUCUCAAGAGCUUAACUGUUAGCAGUCACUUUGAAGACUCUGAAAACUUUCCUUAUUUGGAAUUGUCAGAAGAGUCCUCCUCACCAUCUUCAUCUGAGGUGCAGGAAGAUUAUGCUUCUUCCAUGAGAGAGGGUGAUCAGGACACUGAAGAACCAUCUCCAUCUGAUAAAACAAGAUGGAGUAAGAGAAGAUCAUCUGAGAGUAGUAAAUAUUCAGACUCUGAUACACCAAUUUCAACUCACACACCAAGGAAGAUUCACCUACUGCAGAUGCUUAACCAUAUAGAUGAAGAUGUUUGGGUACAAUGUGAUAAAUGCAAUAAGUGGAGAAAGUGCUGGAUUAACUGUGACCCAGCUAUCUUACCAGAUUAUUGGACAUGCAUUAUGAGUAAAGAUCCUUUACACAAUAGAUGUAGCUUUCCAGAAGAUAAUUGGAGGGCUACAAAUGAGGUUUACUUAUACCAUAGAUAUAUUUUAGGUUCAGUGGUUUGGGCUCGCGUACCUUCUACCCCUUGGUGGCCAGCAAUUGUUGACUUAGAUCCCGACUACAGAUGCUAUUUGUGGGGAAAGUCAAAGGAAAAUCAUCCUGAGUACACCCAUGUUACAUUCUUUGGUGAGCCAGUCUCUCGAGCGUGGGUUACUUCAAAAUCUCUGACUCUUUUCAAAAUGAAGCACUCUGCCAGACACUUUGCUGCAAAAGUUCACUGGGAUCCAGCAAUGAAGUCAGCAUUAGAAGCAGCUGUAUUUGAGGCUCAGCGUGCCCUCAUGAUGGAUAUUCAUAACCGGAGAAAGAAAUAUAGCUUUGUCUCUAGGCAUCAUGGGAAGAUAGGAUACAAUGAGGACUUCAUUUCAAGAAAUUACACCAAAAAAGAAAAGGAUAAAAAAAGAGAGCUGGAAAGUACUUCACCUGCAAGUGAAAUUUUGUCACCAACAGAAUCCAAGGCAUCAAAAGAAAUUCCUAAUAAGAAAAUGAAGAGAGUUAAAGAUGCCACUGGUCUGACAUGUUAUAAGGAGGAAGAGGAUCUUUCAAAAGAGAAAGGCAAAUGUAAAGAAAAGAAAAAGGUAGAACAAGGGUUAGGUAGGAAUGAAAAUAAAGAACAUGAUGAAAAUGUUGAACAAGAGGAGGGUAGGACUGAAGAUGAAGAUGAUGAAAGUGAAGAACAAGAAGUGGGUGAAGAUGAAGAUGAUGAAAAUGUUGAGCAAGAGAUGUGUGGGACUGAAGAACAUGAUGAAAAUGAUGAACAAGAGGUAGGUGGGACUGAAGAACAUGAUGAAAAUUAUGAACAAGAGGCAGGUGGGACUGAAGAACAUGAUGAAAAUGAUGAACAAGAGGCAGGUGGGACUGGAGAAAAUGAUGAAAAUGAUGAACAAGAGGCAGAUGGCACUGGAGAAAAUGAUGAAAAUGAUGAACAAGAGGCAGGUGGGACUGGAGAAAAUGAUGAACAAGAGGCAGGUGGGACUGAAGAACAUGAUGAAAAUGAUGAACAAGAGGCAGGUGGGACUGGAGAAAAUGAUGAAAAUGAUGAACAAGAGGCAGGUGGGACUGGAGAAAAUGAUGAAAAUGAUGAACAAGAGGCAGGUGGGACUGGAGAAAAUGAUGAAAAUGAUGAACAAGAGGUAGAUGGCACUGAAGAAAAUGAUGAAAAUGAUGAACAAGAGGCAGAUGGCACAGGAGAAAAUGAUGAAAAUGAUGAACAAGAAGCAGAUGGCACAGGAGAAAAUGAUGAAAAUGAUGAACAAGAGGCAGGUGGGACUGGAGAAAAUGAUGAAAAUGAUGAACAAGAGGCAGAUGGCACUGAAGAAAAUGAUGAAAAUGAUGAACAAGAGGCAGAUGGCACUGAAGAAAAUGAUGAAAAUGAUGAACAAGAGGCAGAAAAUGAUGAAAAUGAUGAACAAGAGGCAGGUGGGACUGAAGAACAUGAUGAAAAUGAUGAACAAGAGGCAGGUGGGACUGGAGAAAAUGAUGAAAAUGAACAAGAGGCAGGUGGGACUGGAGAAAAUAAUGAAAAUGAACAAGAGGCAGGUGGGAAUGGAGAAAAUGAUGAAAAUGAACAAGAGGCAGGUGGGACUGGAGAAAAUGAUGAAAAUGAACAAGAGGCAGGUGGGACUGGAGAAAAUGAUGAAAAUGAUGAACAAGAGGCAGAUGGCACAGGAGAAAAUGAUGAAAAUGAUGAACAAGAGGCAGGUGGGACUGGAGAAAAUGAUAAACAAGAGGCAGGUGGGACUGGAGAAAAUGAUGAAAAUGAUGAACAAGAGGCAGGUGGGACUGGAGAAAAUUAUGAAAAUGAUGAACAAGAGGCAGAUGGCACUGGAGAAAAUGAUGAAAAUGAUGAACAAGAGGCAGGUCACAGAGAGCUAGAGGAAGAAACAAACAUCCAGAGUACGGAAGAUAAUGAUGAUAACUUGGAAAUGUAUGCUGACCUUUUUAAAGGAGUGACGCAGCUGGCUCCAGGGUCACCACAGUGUGAAGAGAACGAUUUUGAAUGUUUUGGGGAUUUUAAUGAAAGUAUAGGAAAAGUGUAG